CCGUAAGCUUCACUGUGCACAACUUUCGUCGAGCCAGUACCACUCACUUGCCAGCCUGUGGACAAGUUUAACAAAGCAGUGUCUAUCGGGGGGAAAUUAACAGAAGACUUUCUGGAAUUUAUGGGAAUCCUUUAACUUUUGGCAACAUCAAUAGCACGAUGCACUACUACCGCUAUCAGAAUGCAGCUACACGGGAAGUCAGCUGCUGCUACAAAUACCUUAUGUUCAGCUACAACAUCAUAUUUUGGCUGGCCGGAGCAGCGUUUAUUGCCAUCGGUUUCUGGGCCUGGAGCGAAAAGGGAGUGCUCCUGGACUUGACCCAGGUGACACGGCUGCAUGGUUUCGACCCUGUGUGGUUGGUUCUCGUGGUCGGGGCCGUCACCUUCAUCUUGGGCUUCGCUGGCUGUGUGGGCGCUCUCAGGGAGAACAUCUGCCUGCUCAAGUUUUUCUCGGGUGUGAUCGGCUUCAUCUUCUUCCUGGAGCUGACGGCGGCGGUGCUGGCUGUGGUGUUCCAGGACCCCCUGAGGGACUGGAUCAGCGACUUCUUCCUGGCCAACGUCAAGGCCUACCGAGAGGACAUCGAUCUGCAGAACCUCAUAGACUCCCUGCAGAGGCUGAACCACUGCUGUGGAGCCAAAGAACCUGAGGACUGGGACCUGAACGUGUACUUCAACUGCAGCCAGAGCAACAGCAGCCGGGAGAAGUGUGGAGUACCUUUCUCCUGCUGCCUCAGCGACCCUGCUGACACCGUGGUGAACACCCAGUGUGGCUAUGAUGUCAGAGCUGGUCCGAAGAGGGACUGGGGCAACUACAUCUACACCCAGGGCUGCAUCCCUGCCCUGGAGGCCUGGCUGCCUCGAAACAUCUACAUCGUGGCCGGAGCCUUCAUCGUCAUAUCUCUGCUGCAGAUGAUGGGUAUAUUCCUGGCUCGGACAUUAAUCGGAGACAUUGAGCAGGUCAAGCUGAGCUACUAAGGCCCCGGCGUCAACCAACAAG